AUGAAGUACGUUUUGGUAACAGGUGGUGUGGUGAGUGGGCUGGGCAAAGGCGUCACUGCCAGCAGUAUCGGCGUCGUCCUCAAAGCCUGUGGCCUUCGCGUCACCUCCAUCAAAAUCGAUCCAUACUUGAACACAGAUGCUGGCACCAUGUCUCCCUUUGAACAUGGCGAGGUUUUUGUUCUCGAUGAUGGUGGAGAGGUUGAUUUAGACCUCGGCAACUAUGAACGAUUCCUAGAUGUCACUCUUACUAGGGACAACAACAUUACCACUGGGAAGAUAUAUCAGUCUGUCCUGGAUAAGGAGCGGAGAGGCGAUUACCUUGGAAAGACUGUUCAGGUUGUUCCACACAUCACUGAUGCCAUUAAGACCUGGAUCGAAUCAGUUUCUCUCAUUCCUGUCGAUGGAAAAGAGGGCCCUGCAGAUGUUUGUGUUAUAGAGUUGGGUGGGACUGUGGGUGACAUUGAAUCCAUGCCAUUCAUUGAGGCUCUGCGCCAAUUGUCUUUUUCAGUUGGGCAAGAAAACUUUUGUCUUAUUCAUGUGAGCCUAAUCCCGGUACUGGGUGUUGUUGGAGAGCAAAAAACAAAGCCUACACAACAUAGUGUGCGGGAACUAAGAGCAUUAGGCUUGACUCCUCAUCUAUUAGCAUGUCGCUCUGCGCAGCCAUUAUUGGAAAAUACGAAGGAGAAACUUUCACAAUUUUGUCAUGUUGCAGCUGGUAAUAUUCUCAAUAUCCAUGAUGUACCAAACAUUUGGCAUGUUCCUCUCUUACUUAGGAACCAAAAUGCUCAUCAUUCAAUUCUUCAACAACUAAAUUUACUAAGCAUUGCUAUGCCUCCUGACUUAAGAGACUGGACCAAGAUGGCAGAGACUUACGAUAAUCUCACAAAUUCUGUGAGGAUUGCCAUGGUGGGGAAGUAUGUUGGCCUUACAGAUUCAUAUCUAUCUGUAGUGAAGGCCCUUUUGCAUGCUUGCGUCGCAUGUUCUUUAAAGCCAUCAAUUGACUGGAUUGCCGCUUCUGACCUUGAAGAUGACAGUGCCAAACUGACACCAGAAGCACAUGCUGCUGCAUGGGAGACUCUAAAGAAUGCUGCAUGCGUCUUGGUUCCUGGCGGAUUUGGAGAUCGUGGUGUGAAAGGUAUGAUAUUAGCUGCAAAGUAUGCCAGAGAGAACAAUGUUCCUUAUCUUGGGAUUUGUUUGGGCAUGCAGAUUUCCGUGAUUGAGUUCGCAAGAUCCGUUUUGAGUUUAGAAAGGGCGGACAGCACAGAGUUCGAUGAACAUACACCAAAUCCUGUUGUAGUUUUUAUGCCCGAGGGUUCAAGAACGCAUAUGGGAAGCACAAUGAGACUGGGAUCCAGAAGAACACUUUUCCAGACUCCUGAUUGCAUUACUUCAAAGCUGUACCAUAACUCAGAGUAUGUGGAUGAACGGCAUCGGCAUAGAUAUGAGGUGAACCCAGAUGUUAUUGGAAUUCUUGAAGAAGCGGGCCUAAAAUUUGUAGGGAAGGAUGACAGUGGAAGACGAAUGGAGAUUUUAGAGCUUCCAAGCCAUCCAUUCUAUGUAGGAGUGCAAUUUCAUCCGGAAUUUAAAUCACGGCCUGGGAAGCCCUCAGCUCUCUUUUUAGGUCUUAUCUUGGCAGCAACAGGGCAGUUGGAAACAUAUCUUGACCGGCAUCCAAAUACAAGUUGA